GGGAAGCUGGCCCUGGCUGGGUCUUGUUCCGUCGCAGGACUUUGUGCCCAGGCAGGCGAGUGGCUUCAAAUUGAUGAGAGACAUUUUAACCUGGGAGAUCUUGUGAUGAAGCCAGGAGCAGGCAGGUUACCAAGUCCCAGGAAGACUUGCCAGUCAGGGUUUUAAGACGUGGGGUUUGUGUGUCAGAAUAGCCCGCGUAUCUUUUUAUAAGAAAUAGGGGUAACUAAUGCUUAAUGAGUGCUAACUGCUGUGCUGAGUGCUUUUUACAAACAUCUGGCUUAAUCCUCAAACAACCCUAAGAGUGGCAUGAAAGAAUUUAUGGAAGGAGCUUCUGUGAACUGGAAACAUCUGUGAAGGAGACAUCUGGGUCAUCUGCAGAUGAAAAGGGUUCCUCCUCCUUUGGCCCUGGGUCAGGAGGUGACCGUGGAGAAGAAAUAAAAUAUUCACAGGAUGAAGAUUUUCCAGAAGGGACUUUGAAUUAAAGAAGACUUUUUUAUAUUUGACAAUAUGCUACUCACUUCAUAUGUCUUGGAGAUCUUCUGAAGUCAAUUCAAACAAAGCUUCAUCAUUCUUUUUAAAGGUUAUUUCCAGUUUCUUGCCACUAUAAAUGAUCCUGCACUAAAGAACCUUUGUGAGUAAGUUAUAUUUUACAAAUAUUAAUACUUCAAUCUGAGAGGAAGUUGCCAACUAGUAAGUAUAUUUCUGAAACUACACUUUCCAAAAACUAUUUUAAGAAUUAUAUUUAGUGACAAUAUAUUAUUAUUAUUUUAUUUGGUAACACAUUAUUUUUAGAAAAGAUAGAGCUUUAAUAAAAUCAUGGGCCUGUCCUUGUACAUAGGAUUUUUAGAAACUUAUGUUUUUAUUUCAUUUUAGGUAUUGUCAUCCGUAAUGAAGAUCACUAUGAAACACAAGAUUGAGUUGGACCUUGUAACUUUGGACCUGGAUUAGAGAUUUAGAAUUGAUAGUUAAAAUUAGUCACUUUGGUUUUAGUGUUCCAAUUUCAUAUCAUUUAUUUAUUUUUAUAAAUAGGUUUAGGGAGAAGAAAUUAAAAUUCAGUGUAAUACCAGAAGAUGCAAUAAUAUUUGUUCUGGAAUUUUUUUUUUCAUUUUUGUAAGAAAGAAGAGAGAAGAUAGCCAAGAGCUAUAGCAUUCAUAAUGAAAUAUACUAAAUGCAAUUUUAUGAUGUCAGUUCUUGGCAUUAUAAUCUAUAUAGCUGAUUUAAUUGUGGACAUCUGGGUAUCUGUCAGGUUUUUCCAUGAAGGACAGUAUGUUUUUGGUGUUUUAACAUUAAGCUUUAUGCUUUUUGGAACACUUGUGGUUCAGUGUUUUAGUUAUGCUUGGUUCAAGGCUGAUUUAAAGAAAGGAGGCCAAGAAAUUCAGCACUGUUUUCUUCUACUUCAUUGCUUACAAGGUGGAGUUUUUACAAGGUAUUGGUUUGCCUUGAAAAAGGGUUACCAUGUGGCUUUCAAAUGUAGUAGCAAAACAGAUAGCUUCACUGAAGAACAAAUUGAUCUACAUAAGGAAGUUAUAGAUAGAGUGACUGAUUUGAGCAUGCUCAGGCUAUUUGAGACUUACCUGGAAGGCUGCCCACAACUUGUUCUUCAGCUCUAUAUCCUCCUGGAGCAUGGACAAGCAAAUUUCAGUCAGUAUGCAGCUAUCAUGCUUUCUUGCUGUGCCAUUUCUUGGUCAACUGUUGAUUUUCAAAUAGCUUUAAGAAAAUCCUUGCCUGAUAAAAAUCUCCUUAAUGGAUUCUGUCCCAAAGCCACCUAUCUCUUUUAUAAGUUGUUUACAUUAAUAUCUUGGAUGCUGAGUGUUGUACUUCUAUUGUUUGUAAAUGUUAAGAUUGGUUUAUUUCUAUUAUUAUUUCUUUGGUUCGUAGGUUUAAUAUGGGCAUUUAAAGAACAAACUCAGUUUUGUAAUUCCAAAAGUAUGGAAUUCUUAUAUAGGAUUGUUGUUGGAUUUAUUCUUGUCUUUACAUUUUUUAAUAUUAAGGGACAUAAUACUAAAUGUCCAAUGUCUUGUUAUUAUAUUUUAAGAGUGCUGACCACACUGGGUAUAUUGAUUGUGUUCUGGGUUUAUCCACUUUCUAUUUUUAAUUCAGACUACUUUGUACCUAUCAGUAUUACUGUAGUUCUUUCUCUUCUCCUUGGAAUUAUUUUUCUUAUUGUUUAUUAUGGGGUUUUUCACCCAAAUAGAAGUGAAGAAACAAAAUGUGAUGAAAUUGAUGGAUUAUCUGUUCAAAGAGAUUGUAGAAUGAAGUAUUUCCUAAUGGAAUAAGUUAUUAAUUUAUAAAAUAUGUGUUAUUAUUUUUGUUUCAUUAGUUAGUAAAGAAAAAUGUGUGUUGUGUGUAUGUGUGUGUAUUGUCUCUUAUUUUUGCCACCUUUAAUUUGAGAACUGGUACAUUAAUUUUGAAUGUGAGAGAAUAUAAUGAUAUUAUUUAAAUUAUUCUUAUUUUUGUUUUUUGUGGUUCUGGGGAUUGCAUCCUGGGCCUUGUGCAUGCUGGAAAAAGUGUUAUGCCACUGAAUUGCCCCAACCCUCACAUUUGGUUUUCAAGAUCUUGAGUUCAAAAAUAUUUCCUUCCUGUGUCUGGUAAAGCUGCCACCUUGAGUCUGAAAUAGAAGAAAUAAUCUGGUUCCCACAAGGAUUGGCAUUGAGGUACUCACCAGGUUUUCCCUCAUUGUUCCUAAAACUGUCCUGUUUUAGGAACAGAAGAACACCUUAUUCUUCUUUUCUUUAUUGUCUUGAUUCAUUGCAUAAAUUUUGAACUGGGGACAGGUUAUGUAGAAGAAACGGGAAAGGCAGGAAGGAUGAGGAAAAUUUCAUAAUGAUCAUGUACUAUGCAACUUUUCAUGGACUCCCUAAUUCAGUAAAUAUAAAAGAGGGUUGGGGUUGUGGCUCAGUGGUAGAGUGCUUACCUAGCAUGUAAUGAGGGACUGGGUUCAAUUCACAGCACCACAUAAAAAAAUAAAG